GAUCAACCACUGGUCCUGGCCGUCCUCACGCAACAGGAGGCAUCAUCGGAGCGCCUCAGCCUUGGCAUCCCUGAAGACGCGGUUCAGCGACUGCUGGCCCGCCUGAGACCUGCGCUGGAUUUCGCGCAGCAGGGGCUUAAAGCCAAGGUGGGAUCUUCUCAGGAGUGCACGGUGCCCGCCAGCUCUGCAUCGAGGUUCCGCCUCUACACUCAGCGGGGUACGGGCGAUGAAGCUGCAGCUCAGGCCCGGCGAACACUUCAGUCUGUGUUGAAGGUCACUGCCCGAGCAACGGAGAUGCUCUCAUUGCUGGCCUUGCUCCAUCGACA